CGUCAAAGGUACAGGGCGUCUCGGAUUGGGGGAAUUAAGUUAACUGUCGAAAUUCAAAAACUCAUUGACUUGCUGGUUCCCUUUGAGAAGUAGUAAAGCGAGUCUGAGUUAACACGAGAAAGGAAUAAAUAGCGUUUUGCUGAGCUGCGGUGUUUCUGCCAGAAUGAGUCUGCAAGCCUUGAAUGAUGAAAACAGCAGAAAUGAUCUAAUGUUGGAGUCGUGUGACAUCCUGUUUUCACCUCCACAGCCUACAGGAAGACCUUCUAUUCUUCGUCCAUCACAGAAAGAAAAUCUGCCACCAAAAAGUGCGAUUAUGAAGGUAAGUUUUCAAACACCAAUGAGGGAUCCACAGACACAGCGGAUUAUGACGCCAAAUUCUUUAAGCAAACAUGACAAUUUUACGCUGGAAGACUGUACUCAAGCGCUGCAGCAGCUGCAUCUAUCAAACGCUACAGGGUUGUGUUUAGAGGAACCAAUAAAAUUAACAGAGGACUGCAGCAAUGACCAAUCCACUAUUUUACCAGAUGCAAUACCAGUUAAAAGUGGUGCUUAUAGCAUUGAUUUUGAUGAUUUGGAUAACAUCAAUCCUUUCAAGACUACCAACAAAAUGUGCAAUUCACCUGUAAAAUCUGAAUGCAAUUCUGCAGAAAGCUCACAAAGUGACCAUUCUUUAGAGACACUGGAGAUUAAAAAACCAUUUGAGGAAGCACCUGUGAAUGUUUGUUUUCAAAAGGAAGAUAGUGUGAAAGUUUCCCUUCCAAAUAUCAUACCUACAGGUCAGACCUGUUCAGACAGUGAAGUUUUAAGUACAUCUGAUAAAAUUAGUACAGUAGACAACACCCUUUCUCUGACAGUUGGGUCAGAUACUCCAGAAACUGUUUCCAAUCUAAAUGCUGCAAGUUGCCUUGAACAUGCAUCUGUUCCAUUUGAGAAAGAGCGGUCUUCUGCAGCAGAUAAUGAAGUGGAUCAUGUAGCUAAAGGAGACCUAAGUGAAUGUUUAAAGGAUGUUCCAAAUUCUCCCCCACUCCCAAAGGGUUCUUACAAGUUUGAUCCUGACCAGCUAGAUAUGGUUGAUCCAUUUAAAACUGGAGGUUCAAAACUACAAAAUUCACCACCUUGCGGGAGUAAACCACCUUCAUCAGAAGAUAAGGCUAAAGCGGAGCCAAUGAAGUUGGAGUUUGAUUUUGGUGAUGGGAAUGCUCCUGUCAGAAAGCCACCACCCAAAAAACUAGGAAAGAGACCCGGUGUAAAGCCAGCACCCAAGAAGCUAGCUGCUGCUUGCGAGAAGACCUCUGAAAAGCCUAAAGAACAAAAUGUAAUGCCGCAAGAGGAAAUCCCUGUUCCCAAAGCAGCAUAUGCUUUUGAUUGGGAAAAGUAUGAUGAUCCAAACUUUAAUCCGUUUGGUUGUGGAGGCUCAAAAAUCACGAGUUCUCCUGCUAUGUCAAAGGUUGGCAAUGAAAGCACUGCCAACAUGGCGAGCCAGACGCCGGUCGAAUCUCCAAGUAAAAUUACUUCUGACCAACCUGAAGUUGUUAAAGUAAUAAAUGUAGUUAAUGAAAAUGAGAAAGUCCAACAAAGAGCUUCAUGUGAAGAUGAAGAAAAUUCAAGGAAUUUGGCUGCAGCUCCUUCAAACGACAAAGAGGAAGAAAAUCCCAGUAUUAUCGUAGAAAGUGUGGGCAAGGGUGAAACAUCUUUCAAGAAUGACAGAGAGAUGACUGAGGUUAAUCCAAAAUUAGAUGCUGCAGUGGAAUCUCAAGAGUUCAAACCAGCCACAGAAAUGGACUUUAUUCCAGCCACAGAAAUGGACUUUAUUCCAGCCACAGAAAUGGGAUUUAAACCUGCUACAGAAAUUGAAGGCUUUGGCUUGCCAAUUGAAUUUGAUUAUCUGGAGAAUUUUGGUACAUCCUCCUUCAAAGAAUCUGCUCUCCGAAAACAAUCGCUGUAUUUGAAGUUUGAUCCUCUACUGAGGGAUUCUCCAAAAAAAACAGCUCCGGCUGGCAUUGACUUCCCAAGUGUACCACUAAAAAGCAGUUCAGAUCUUUUUGGAACCUCAUCGGAAUCUAUUUUACAAAUGACUCCGUUGCUUGAAAAUGAAGAAAAGCCUAAAGGCCUGGAUCUUUUGGGAACGUUUACUGUUUCUGACGUCGCUCCAUUAAUAACAGAACCCGUUGACAAUGUUGGUCCUGUUAAUUUUCCUGUAAAUUCUGAUGGUGCAAUUGUAGAGGUCCUGAAAUACAGUCAAAAGGAUAUGGAUGCAGCUAUUGCAAAUGUUAGACUGGAGGUAAAAGAAAAGGAAUAUGAAAUUUUAGAGUGGAAAAAGAAGCAUGAGAAACUCUAUUUGGAAUACAUAGAAAUGGGGAAAAUAAUUGCUGAGUUUGAGGGAACAAUAACGCAGAUGAUAGAGGACUCUCAGAGACAGAAGGAACUGGCAAAACUAGAAGUAAACAAAGUAUUACAAGAAAAACAGCAAGUACAGAUAGAUCUAAACUCCAUGGAGAAAUCCUUUUCCGAACUCUUCAAAAGAUUUGAAAAGCAGAAAGAUGUUCUGGAUGGCUACCGUAAGAAUGAGGAAGCUCUGAAAAAAUGUGUAGAAGAUUAUCUUGCACGAAUAAAAAAGGAGGAACAACGCUAUCAAGCAUUGAAGGCUCAUGCAGAAGAAAAAUUAAACCGAGCCAAUGAGGAGAUUGCCCAAGUACGCAGCAAAGCAAAGAGUGAAGCCACUGCACUACAGGCUAUGUUGCGGAAAGAACAAAUGAGGGUCCAGUCACUGGAGAGAGCUCUUGAGCAAAAGGUAAGAUGACAAGGCCAAUAUGUU